GCAACACCCCUUCAUGAUUCAUUUUGUCAACACCACUGUUUGAAAAAUAACUAGCAUAGAAAUCACUUGCUGUUAUCAAUCUCGAAAGGUUUAGGCUGCUAGCAUUAUUACAUCAAAUAUCACAUAUUAAAGGCAGAUAUAGCAUUAUUCUGCUUAUGUCUGCUGCAGUGUUAUUAUGUAUAUUGCAUUUAAGGUAUUGUUUGUUUGGACUCUUGUAGAUCUUUAUGAUUUUCUCCUUUAAAAAAUGUCUCAGUAAAUUAUGGGAAGUUCGUUAAUUAGCCUUGAUUCCUAUUCGAUGUUGGUCGGAACAAGUAUGAUCUCAAAUACUUAGUGAAACCAAAUUCCUGGUUAUCAAUUUUUUUAAAACUUUUACCUUUCUUUUUUAGUGUUUCAACAGCCAAUAAUUGUUUUUAUAGUAGAUGAAUCUUGAAUAAAAUGGGUGAAUUGGUUUAGCCUUUCAUAACAGAUGAAUGAACCCCAUUCUUAAUAUGUAGUGAAAAAAUAAGUGUACCUUUGUGCAGCAGUUGAACUAAAACUCUCCCCAAAACAAAAACCUGCUCCAAGUCCACCCCACAAACCUCACCCAAAAGUCACACAUCAUUCUCAUCUCUCUAAUAUCUGAAAACAGUUCUGAUUUGCCAGCCAAAGCCAAUGGAUACAGAGGACUUCAGCUUCCCCAAAAAUGGUGGCACUUGUGCAUAUAGCAUUGAUUCGCCUCCUCUGUGGAAUAUAUCACCAAAAGACCCUUCUAAUCCAAAUCAAGUCCCUAGAGAAGGAAGCAAAGCAGAUGAAAAGGAUUACUUUGAAGCAAAAGUGGUCUCUAAGGGCCACAAGAAGAGCUUUUCAUGUGUCGAAGAUCGAAAGAAAAUAACAAGAUUAACCGAUGAAGCGGCUCCAAUGGACUUGUUGUGGGAGGCUUUCAAUGAGGACCUGUCUUCAGCAGUAAAGUUUUCUUCCUCUUCUUCAAGGGAGAUGGUUGAAUUCAGAUGCGCUACUACAGCCUUAACAGUUGUCAAGACCAACAAGGCUCUUCUUCAAACAAAGAAUAGGCCCGGUAUGGUGGUGAUUGUAAAAGUCUUAAAGAAGUUCUUUUCUCUCAACAAUUCUCAUGUAAAGUUAUUUUGGCAAUCAGACUAAUGGCUUUUGGGCAAGAUUGAUUGUGAUCCUUCUCUUUUUCAAGAACAGAAUUGUUUGGUUAAUUGGAAGUUUUAAACUGUUUUAAUUCCAUGAGGAGCCUAGUGGGCUAAUGCUGUCUCUUCCAAUGUAAUGUUGUAUAUAAGAGUAAAUAUAAAUCACGGAGAAUCUUUCUUUGAUUUAA